AUGAGCUACUCUAGGACUUCUUCACCUAAGGAGCAUGGUUUACCUUCACCCCCUCCAACCACCCCUAUUCCCUUUAAUCAGGAGAUUAGACCAGCCUGGGACUGGCAAUCAAAGCCAGAGCUGUGGGCUCAGGCUAUUCGUCAGCAGCUCAAUGCCCAGCUGCAGCAUCCCCUGGAACUGGACCAGUCCCCAGCAGUGGAGCUCCUUCUAGCUGAACUUCAGGUCCUUCUGGCUGCUGUGCUCAAGGAUGGCAGUCCUGCAGCUUGGUACUACCUGUAUAAUGUGCUUGCCUCUCUCUCACCUUACCGGAACCUGCUUUGUGGUCACCUUGACACAUUACCUUUCUUGGAGCAGUUAUAUCUCUGGGCCCCCAAAAUCCAGACCCAGUUUGGUCUGGAUUUUCCAGAGGUGCUGAGACAGGCCUUUCCACCAGACACCUCUAUGAUGGCCCCAUCCACCCAUACUUCUUGCAGACACCAGAAGAAGCUGAAAAUACUGUCCUCCCAAGCUGCUUUGAGCCAACUGUGCCCUUUUGUCCAGGCUGAACAAAAGCAGAGACAGGACAAUAAGGAUGAAGAUGAGGAUGAGGAUGAAAACUGGGUGUACCCUGUGACCCUCCCUGAGCUACAAUAUGCUCUGGGCAUUGUGGGGGUAGAUGUGGCCCAAGAUGAAGACUUCUGGAUGAAUGGCCUUGGUCUUCUGCCUUUGGCCUUGGCCACAGAAAUACCUGUGAAGUAUAUUAGUAAUAAAGAGGAAGAGGAGUAUCGUAGCAGUGGUGCUAGAUACACAUCUCAGUUAUUAUCAUUAAGGGCUACUGAAGAAAAGAGACCUCCGAGGUCAAGCUCUGAAUACUUACCUCAAACUGUCCUCCUAAAGAACCAAAUCAUUUCAAUUUUUCGGAAGAACAGGUACCUAAGUCAGAUCCACUUCAUCUACCUCAAUUUGGCAACUACUAGGCAUUUCAGGCCAUAUAGCCUGAUGGUGGUGCCACGGAACCUGGCAAAACCAGAGCACUACAUCUUUUCUCCUUUUGGAGUCCUACAUGUGCAUCCUGUGGAAGGCAGUGAGUUAAUAACACUGGGUGUCUGGCACCGGCAUGCCAUGCUCUGGCAACAACUCCAAAAUAUCCCUUUCUUCAAGCAUUAUCUUGUGAGGAAGGCCUUUACUUGCUGGAGGAAGUGUGUUAAGUUGCAGGUGCUGAAGAAACGCCGGGAUUUCCUGAGGAACUACCUGCUCUUUGCUAUACCCCACUUUGGAGUUUGUCUGCUCCACAUUAACAGGUUCCUGCAAGAGCUACACUCUGUUUCCUGGCUGCCGCAAGAGGAGAAUCGAUGCUACACCCUUCCUGAGCUGCAGCGGGCCCUGGCCAAGAUGAAUAGAGGAGCCUUGCGGGUAUUGAGGCGUUGCCUCCGGCUCUCCGCAGCUAUCCUUCAGAUGGUGCAUGAAGACACAUAUCGGAUGCGGCAGGGCCUGCAAGAGCGAGUAGAGAGCUUCUCCGAGUACAGUUCAGCAAAGGGCUCCAUGUACCGAAAGUGGUUUCGUCAGCAGCAGCUGAUUCAGAAACUGAACCGAGCAGAGCUGUGGUGGCAGCUUUUGGGACGCCUCGCUCGCCUUGUUGACUAUAUGACCUGCCAGAAACUCGUCUCCAUUUUGGAGAGUGAGCUGGUCACAUUUGUUACUUGUGUCCUACAGGCUCCAAGGCAGGUUGCCUUGCUGACAGGAAGAUUGGCCUUUGGUGAAGAUGGGAAGCUGCUUGUGGUGCCAAGUGUGGAGCAGAUGGCCCAGAGCAUAUCUGGCUGGUUGAAUGCUGUGGUGACCUCAGCUCUAAUGGUUAUGAAGUCUACAGAUUUCCAGACCCCUAUAAACCCUUCUCAAGCCUCAGGUGAGCCUCAGGUACGAGGAGGCACAGCAAACAGUACAACGGUGCCAAUAGAAGAAGAGGAUGAAGAGGAAUUAGCUCCUGCUUUUAUUUCCUUGGCAUUCCGGGCCCAACCCAGUGAAGCUGUCAGAAUCUUUUGUGGCCCUGAGACAGAGAUGGUGCGUUCAAGGCAGGCUGACCCUAAUGCUGGGCCUCUUGAGGUUCUUGGGCACAGAGUAAGAUCCCAGUAUGCCCCACCUAGCCGAAUUCAGCUGCAGAAUGAUUUGGACACUAACAAUGGAAUCCAAAAAGCUUUGGCUAUCCAGCAAGCAUUAUUAGAGGAUAUGUUGCUGGAAGUGAACAAUUUCUGCCAGGAGCACAAAUGGCUCAGAGGCAUCUACCAAUUUCUGAAGAACUGGGGACCCCAGAAAUUGGAGCCCAUGAACAGCUGGCCUGCUGCGAGAUAUCUGAGGCUCAUCACCGAGCUGGAAUCCUGGCAGAGCCGAGCGAGCGAGGUGCCCACCGUGUUGCUCACUGAAAAUCUGCUGCUGCAUCUCAACUGUGACUGUGUUCAGACAGACAUCGUGACACAGCUGGCUGAUGUAAAGAAGGACAUCUUGGCUCAGUUGAAGAGUGUGAGAUACAAUCAAAGUCAAGAACUCAUAAAAGAACUCUCAGAGUUUGUAGAAGUCCUCCAAAACAUCAGUGCUGACAUCCAGACCAUUGCCAAGUGUUCCCAGAAGCUGACAGAGGCCAAAGAACAAAGUGAAGGCCUGGAGGAACGAGUGGAAUAUGUACGUGCUCUCAAUAACCUUGUCCGAUCCCACUUUGGCAAAUUAACCUAUGAGGAUGAGGGACUGGAAAUUGCGCUGCUAGAUGUGUGGGAGACCUUCCUCUUUGAGCGGCUCCAGGCUUCUGAGUUCCUGCUCAGCAAGCAGAGCACCUUGGUGCCCCAGCUUCAGGAGAUGAUAGCAGCUGCUGUGAAAGAGUUGGAAGACCUGAGCCUCCAGGCCAUCUCAGGCCCCUUCAUGGACCCCACCCAGGAGCAGCGCAGUACUGAGCGUCAGCUUAUCAACAUGGAGCGUACAUAUGCCUCCAUCUCUGCCCGCCUUGCUGAGCUGCACCAUGCCUAUGUCAUCCUCAGUGGGAAUGAGAAGCCAAUGCCAGUGCCUCAAAGAAAUCUCCAACCCAUUUUACUUCAACAGCGUGUCUGGCGUCUCUUUUGCCUGAUCAGUGAGCAAAUUAGUGAAUGGAAAUGCCUGGCUUUUAGUAAGUUCAGCACCUCUUUCGCCUGGGACAAGACAGAUCACUGGUUGACAGAGGCAGCCAAGCUAAGCAGGUUGUUCGUGGUGGCUAAUCCUGUAAUACAAGCCUGUAUGCGCCUGCUGGAGGAAUUUCGGAGCUAUUUGCCAGUGCUCUCUAUGUUGGACAACCCCCAGUUGCAAGGCAGUGGCUGGCAGGCCAUUUUUCGAGCUAUGGGGGCAGGUUGUCCUGAAAACAUUGAACUCCUGACCUUGGGCCAGCUGCUUUCCUACCCCCUGCUAGAAUACAGAAACAGAAUCUGUCAGAUCUGGCUGAGUGAGAAUGAGCACUGCCAGACUCAGGAGAGUCUACGGAAGCUGCAACAGACUUGGGAGGGCCGACAGCUCCAUCUUCUCAACUUUAUCCUUUGUGUGCCCGAUGAGCUCCCACCUACAGAGCGCUCCAAGCGACAUUCGCACAGCCGGGCCCAAGGACAGCAGUUGGAGAUAGUGGCCAAGGACAGCAAUACCUAUAUCUUGUCUGAUAUCAGUAGCCUGCAAGAUGGAAUUCAAGAAAGCCUGCAGAUGUUACUCAAAAUCUUGAACUCCCAUUAUGCUGGGAGUAUCCGAGACCAAGCCCAGGAAUGGGUGACCAUCUUUCGGGGCCUACGUGCUUUGAUGGAGGUUUGGGUGGUUUUCCAACAGAAGUGGAUCUUUCUGAAUAAAGUUAUCUAUGAGAUGAAGAUCAACUUCCCCAGCCCAGAACUGAGUAAAAGGUUCCAAGUGGUAGACUCUCAAUACCGAGAACUCAUGCAGAUCUCCAUGGAGGACCCUCUGGUGCUAUCUCUUAUGGUGCCUAGCAGUUCACGAAAUCCCAAAUUCCAAGACCAACAGCUGCAGAAGCUUUUAGAGGCAGGCAAUGUAGAACUGGAGCAUAUCAUCACAGCCCUAGAAACAGUGCUCUAUGGGGUCCGCUCUCGCUUCCCUCGCCUCUUUUUCCUCAGUGACAGGGAACUAGUAGCCCUGAUGUCAGCCCCCAGGGAGGCCACUGAGGCCCAGCUGUGGACACACCGCUGCUUCCCCCAUGUUCAGGGUGUGGUAUUUGGGCCAUCUUGUAUCUCCUCAGGAGCCAGUGCCCUGGAGAUCAAAGAAGAGGCACAAUCAAUUCUAGGCACAUAUGGGGAGGUAUUGACCUUGCGUUCCCCCUUGCCCCUGCAACACGAUGUCCCCAAGUGGCUAACCUGUCUUGAACAAUGGAUACGUGCAGCCUUGGUACAUGGGCUUCCAGAAUGUGUGGCUGCUCGCCUGGCCCUACAUCAUUCCUUGGACCGUGUCUUCGAGCAACCCCCAGAUCCUGGGCAGCCCCCCCUGUAUCUUCAUGGCCAUCAAUGGCUAGAGUUAGCCCAGGCCUUCCCAGUCCAGUGUGUGCUAGUAGCCGAGGAGGUGGCCUGGCGGACUCAGGUGGAGGAGAUACUGCUGAAUCAAAGGACCCAUCUUCUCAGUCUCAUGCAGCUCCGCAAGCUGGAAGCCCUGGCCCACUUUGCCCGUGAGCAACGGAGCACCCACGUUGGACACCCCCCUGCUUCUCCUCGACUGUCCCUCCUGCUGAGCCUGUUGCUUACAGGGGCUGUAGCCCACAGGGACACUGCAUUGCUUCUGCAGCAGCAACAGGUCAGCGAGUUUAAAGACUUCCACUGGGCCCGCCAGUUGAAGUACUACUUGGGCCCUCGAAACAACAGCCAAAGCUCAGAUUUUUCCAACAAAUCACCCCAAGUGUGCUUAUCCCACAAGAGCAAUCCCACAUGUUGGGUUGAAUUACUGGAUCACUCCUUCCUAUAUAGCUAUGAGUAUGUGGGUCCUGGCCAGAGACGAGUAGCCAACCUCCUGCUUGAACGACCUGCUCUGGGGCUGCUGUUGGCUCUGAAGGAGGUGGCAUGUGGGACCCUACUAGGCCCUAUCGGUGUGGGCAAGAGCGCCUUAGUGUCCAGGUUGGCUUCUGCCCUAGGCCGCCAGCUGGUGACACUGCACUGUGUGAUGCACAUAGAGGCCCGCUGCCUGGGCUCCUACCUGACUGGAGCCUUGCAGAGUGGUGCCUGGCUCCUGUUAAAAGCUGCAGGCGCUCUGCCAGUUGGCCUGCUCUCUGCUCUGGGCCAGCGCUUGGGUGAUCUGCACCGUCUCUAUGUGCCUCUGCUACAGGGAGCUCAAGAUAUCUCUGUGGUGGAUCCCAUGCUGCCCCAGGUCCUAGGCAACAGCUUCUUUGAAAAUCAUCGAGUUCAUGUGCGCUUUGGCUACGGAUGCUUCUUAACAUUCACCCACCUGAGCUCCACAUUACCCACCAAUCUGCGCUUCCUGCUUCGCCCAGUGGCCAUGACACUGCCAGAUCUACAGCAAUUGACUGAAAUAACCCUAGUGGGUGCUGGCCUCCGGGAUGCUGUGCGCCUGGCAUCUCGUCUGGCCACAUUCUUCUCCUUGGAGCAGGAUCUAGAACUUGGGCUACAGCCCUGCCGCCUCCCCCUACUUAUACAGGUGCUUGAGACUACCCUACAAUUCUUGGAAACUCCUAAGGAUCAACAGGGUCCCCCACUUCCUCGAACUCUAGGUGCUGCUGAGGAGGCUGCUCUGCUUCAUGCCCUACUCCACUCACCACUGUUCAGUGGCCCUGAGAGGCCCCGUCUCCAUAUGCUGCGCCAGCUGCUCUGCGGCAUCUUCUCAGGGGCAGGCAAUGUGCUGGCCACGCCAUGGACUAUGACUCCACCAAAACUGGCAGAUGAAUUACGGCAGAUUGGCCUAUAUGUUGGUCCUGAUUUUCUGGCCUCUCUGGAGCAGUUGAGCCAGGCCUUGAGGCAAGUGCCUGGGAUCCUGCUCAUGGGUCCACCUGGCAGUGGCAAGAGCACAUGCUGGCAGAGCCUGGCUAAGGUCCAGAACCAGCUGGCAUACAGGGACAAAGCCGCUAGAAAUAUUAGGCCUGUGUAUAUCACCUCUCUAUACCCCAGCAGCCUCAGCCCAGAGGAGUUCCUGGGCUGGUUUGAGGAACAUUGUUGGAACCAUGGGGUCUUUUCUCAGCAGCUGUGGUCUGGCAUAAACCAACAUGAGAGAGACCCACGAGGAGUUCAGCACUGGCUGGUCUGUGAUGGAGUGCCUAGUGCUGCCUGGCUGGAUCCCAUUGCCUCCUUGCUGAGUGACAGUGCUAAGCUUAGUCUGCCCAAUGGCCAACAAAUACCUCGGCCACCAGACACCUGGAUCUUGUUAGAGGUGGUGAAUACAGCUAGUAUGUCUCCUUUUGUAGUAGGAAGCUGUGCCCUGGUAUGGUGUGGAGGGCAUCAGACAUGGCAAGCUAUGCUUGCAACUCUAAUGACAGAACUGCCCCGAGAGUACUAUCUGCUCCCCCAAACCAUGGUUGAGCUGCAAUAUCUAGCAGAUAGCCUAGUGCCUACCAUGCUUCGCUUCCUAAACCGCCAUGGUGCCAACUCUGUGCUCCAUGUCCAUGGACAGCCAGCAUCCAGCCCAGGUGUGGCAGAGGUCAACAGCAUGACCCACCUCCUUCGAGGGCUGCUUAACCCCUACCUGCACUACACAGAGGAGGAGCAAUACCACAUCAUCGAGAACACGAGUUCAAGUUCAAUGCUCCAAGACUCUGAGACUACUCAGGGCAGCAUCUCUGCUGAGGGACUCCAGAAAGAUGUGGAGGGGGACAGAAAACGUCGAAACCAUUUGCUGGUUAUCAGUAGCUUCCUCUUGGCCUUUAUUUGGGGCUUUGGAUCCCACCUUCCAUCCAGGCUUUGGUCUGGCUUUGACAACUUUGUUAGGGGAAUUUUGAAGCACCACCCUGAAUGCAUUGAGCUGCCCACCUCAGCCUCUGUGUUUGACUUACAUCUUUGCCCUGAGGAUGGAUCCUUGGUCCCCUUCACAGGCCUCUACUUGAGCAGCCGGAUCAAGGGUUCUUUGGGCACUUUCAACCUCUCCCCUCAGGCAGAGCGAGUACUGUAUGUGAUGGACCUGCUCUUGACUGUGGGGCAUCCUGUGUUGCUGACUGGAGAGGUUGGCUCUGGAAAGUCUACCUUCGUGGAAGUCCUAGUGGAACCCAACCACCCAUGCUUGCACAUCCCGAUCCACCUGGCUCUCACCACAACCCAUCUACGAAACCUUCUGAGUCAAGAGAUCCAGAAACAGAGCCAGGUUUGGGCAGGGAAAAUCUUCCCCUCCAAGGGCUCUUCACUUUUCCUUCUGGAGGACCUGCACAUGGCAGCAGCUGACCCCACAAGGAAAUGUCAGCCUGUGCUGGAAACACUGCGUCAGGUCCUGAGUCAUAACACAUUGUAUGCCAAUAACUCACUGGAGCUGCAGGCAGUGCCCACCCAUUUCAACUGGCUGGCCACAGCCACAGCAGCCUGCUGCUCCGAGCUGCCUUUGUGCCCACGCUUCACCCGGCUCUUCACAGUUCUGUUGCUAGGCAAUGUAAACCGGGUGACCAUUUUAUCCAGGCAUUGUGCAGGGGUCCAGGCCUGGCUUGGGCGCUUCCCCUCCCUGGAGAGGGAGGAGGUCACGGCAAGAGCACUGGUCACUGCCACAGUAGAUGCCUGGGAGGAAAUGCGGACACACUUCCCCCCAUCCCCCUGCCGGCCCCACUACCGCUUCUCCCCACAUACUAUAGAACAUCUCCUCAAGAGCCUACAGCUGCUGCACCCUCGACCCCCAGUGCGCUUUACUGAACCACAGAGUAAUCUAGAGCAGCUGCGUCGCAUGUCAGGCCUCCGGGGUGCCCGCUUGGCUGCUUUAGUGGCCGUCAGGACCAUAGUCCACCUGUGGCUGCAUGAGGCCCAACGCACCUUCACUGAUCGCCUUAUUACAGCCACAGAACAGGAACGCUGUGUCCAGAUGCUGCUGGCUGUGGCGACCAAUGCUUUUUGCACAAAUGCCAGUUACGAGAGCAUUUUGGCACCUGGGGAGGUGAAGGAAGAGGAGGAAAAGGAACUGGUACCUGAGGUAGAAUCUGAGGAGGAGUUGGCACAGUGGGAAGACCACAGCAGCAGCGAAAGUGAAGAUGAGGGUGAACCAGGGACUAGAGACCUGCUGGCCUUGACUGUGACUUGGCCUUCACUGGGCCCUGGGCCCAAAUUCCUGGGCCUAACCUCUUUGCUAGUACCACAGCCUGACAAGGCCUUUCCCUCAGACAUCUCUGUGAAUCUGAGCCAUGAUGCUAUCUCUUCUCCAAAGCUAGACAAAAAAGCUAGGAUCCGUUGGCAGAAAGUUUCUCACCUGAAUUUUUCAGCCCCGCUGUUGCUACCUGCUCUGCUGCUACUACCCCAGGAACGGGCCUCUGAGCUGCUCUUCACACAGGAACUGUCACUGGUGCCCACUACCGAGGAACCCAGACACUACCUGCAGCAAACCUGGGAGGUCCUGGAGAAGCAGCUGGCAGAAGUGCUGCCAGAGUUGGGCCCAGGCCCCCGCCUUUCCUUGUGUCACCCCUUUGCCCAGCAUGUGGUCCGCCUGGCCCGGGUGUUGGCCGGUCCACACCGACAUGGAAUUCUGCUAUCAAAUACCAGGGGGACAGGGCGACGAACUGCCCUGCGCCUAGCUGCCCGACUUAGCCAGGCUCUCCUCUUUGAGCUGCCCCUGGAGCCUGAAGAGGCUGUGCUGCAGUGUGUCAGGAAAGCCAGCUGGCAUGCAGGGUUCCUUGGGGAGCCAGCAGCCCUGAUGGUGCCGGAGGGGGCAGGUUCCUCCAUUUUGAACCUACUCUUAGGCCUUGCACAAGAAGGGUACUUCCCUGGCCAAUUGGCAGAAGAGGACCUGAAAGCCAUUACUGAGCAGCUGUCCAUGGACAAUACAGCUGUCAAGAUGAGUUCCAAGAAGGAUAUGAUGCUGCAGAGGUUCCGCCGGACGGUGUGCCAGAACCUCCACCUAUUCAUCCUGAUGUCUGAUAGUUCCAGUCCUCCCCAGAUCCGCCCCACCACCUUCCUGGCUCUCCUUGAUCUUACUUGUGCCAGCAUCGACUACUAUGAGCCCUGGAACCAGGCUACCCUGAUCAGCCUGGCCCAGCAUUACCUAGACAGUGCCUUUAACAGAAGCCAAGAACUUAACUAUCCCCGGCUCCCAGCUCUGCAGGCCUCUGUUGCCAAUAUGGCCAAAGUUAUGGCUCUGAUCCACCUGUCAGCCACCAAAUACUAUCAGCUCCUCUGUCCACUGCUGCCCUUAGCCACUCCCAAGACUUUCCUGGACUUCUUGGAUACCUUCUUGCUGCUGUACUUCCAGCUAUCAAAUCGUACCCAGAACAAGAUCCAGCGGAUUCAGACAGCCCUCGGGAAACUGACCAUGGUGAUAGAGCAGAACAAUGCCUACAACCGCCUGGUGGACAGCCUGGAGCUCGAGCUGCGAUAUGCCCAUGAGGACCUUGUUACCUGCCAGAAGCAGCUGGAGGUAGACCGGAUCCAGUACCUUCAGUACCUGACAGAUUGUCAGCAACAGGAAAUACUCAUCAACAAUCUUACCAAGCAGAGAGACACACUGCAGAGCCAGGAGGAGUCACUGACUGAACAGAUGGACCAGGCUUACCUGGGGCCCCUGACCCAGCUUAAGAUGGCUGAUAUGGAAGAGCUGCGCAGUUACCGGGCUCCCCCGGCUCCUGUGGUGAUGGUGACUGAUGCACUCUGUGUCCUGUUCCACCGUCCCCCGGGAUGGGAGAGUGCCAAGCAACUUCUUGGCAAAGAGGGCUUUUUUGAGGACCUUGUAUUCUUUGACAAGGGGACAGUAGGAGAAGCAGAGCUGCUGAGCCUGAGUCGGAUAUUGGAAGAUCCAGGCAUAAAUGACAAGGUCCUACAGCAUGUGAGCCAGGCUGCAGCAGGGCUAGCCUCUUGGCUUCGGGCUGUGGUGUGCUUUGGAUUGGCACAGCGCAAAGGGGUCCCCACAUCGGCCCUGAUGAGACAGGUGGAGAACACACUGCUGCAGGAACAGAUGCGCAUGUGCCGCUGCCAAAUGCAGGCAAAGGAGCUGCUGCAGCAAAACAAUCUCCUGGCUCUUCAGGUUGAACAGGCUCGGCAGUCCCACAAUCUGCUGGCUGAACGGCUGGCUAAGGCAAUACAGGGCCGGGAAUCAAAGGGACAGGUGCAGGCUGCCCUAGUCACCCCCAUGAAUGUCUGGGCUCUCCUUAUUCAGAAGCUGAAAGGGAACUGUCAGACAACACCUGGAGAUGCCCUGCUGUCUGCAGCUGCCAUCAACUACCUGGGCCCUUUCCAGGCCGGAAGACGUCAGGAGAUCCUUGACAAAUGGUUGGCACUGUGUUCAGGUCACCAGGCUCAUCUGGAUCCAGAUGAUGUGGCCUUGGAACUAGAUCGAGAACAGGGCCUACCAAGAGACUCGAAAGACUUCCAGAUACCUACCCUAACACCCUUCAGCCUCUUGUCGGUGCUGAGCUCUGAGACUGAGCAGCACCAGUGGGACCGGGACAUGAGGCCCCGUGCAGUGCCUGCACGCCUGGCCGCCCUCCUCCUCCGCAGCCCCACUCACAGGUCUACCCAACGAUGGCCCCUGAUCAUUGACCCUCACGGCCAGGCCUCUGUCUGGCUGCUGUCUCUGAGCCAGCAGGACGUUGAAGAUAUCUUCAAAAUAUCGCGGUAUCUCAACAGACGGAACACAACUGAAAAGGACAAAAAAGAUAAGAAGGAAGAGAUAAAGGAGGACGAGGUAUAUAAUGAGAAGGAAGAAGAAGGUGAGAGCAUGUCCACUCCAAGCAUGACCAAUUCUGCAGCUUUCAGAAUGCUUUCGGCCAGUGACCCCAGUCUGGGAAAGGAACUACUAGAAGCGGCUGCCAGUGGGGUGCCAGUGCUGCUGAACAAUGUGGAGCUGGGUCUGUGGUGUCCCGAGUUGCAGUGGCUCAUUCAGAGGGAGCAUCUGUGCCUCCCUGCAGUGCAUCCCAACUUCUGCCUGUACCUGAGCACCAGGCUGCGCCUUGAUGCUUUGCCAACAGGUCUGAACUCAGAGAUACUGAAGGGUAUGAAUAUAAUAGAUAUGCAUACGGUUUGGGAGAUGAUAGAGGAACAGCUUUUACAGGAGAUCAUAAGAGCUGAGAGGCCAGAGUUGGAAACAAGAUGGCUUAGCCUGGAGCUCAACAUACUGGAUACCUACGAUCAGAUUGAGGCUACUGAGGAAAAGCUCCUGAGGUUCGUGUUAAACACGGAAACAGACCAACUAGGCCGAAACUAUUUUCUGCGGGACAUGCUGUGCUACCAGGCAGAGCUCUAUCAGCAGAAGGCUUCCCUGGAAGAGUUGAAGGAGAUGGAGGCCCAAGAAGUAGAGUUUCGUAUACAUUACCAGCAUGUGGCUCGUCUGGGUACCACCAUGUCCCAGGCCAUGUCCCCUCUGCAGAAUUUACACCCUAUCUACCCCACGGCCUUAGACAACUAUCUGAUUGUGACACGCCGCACUCUGGCCAGCACUGACCACCAGCUACCACCGCAGCAUGGUGAAGACCUGGAAAGCCACCUUCAGGAGCUAGGAACCCGGCUAACACGCCGGCUGCUAAGUAAUACCCUGACCUCCUUGCAGCCCCACCAUGCACCCCUAGUAGGGGUCUGUGGUGCCCUGGCCCUGCUACAGCUAGCUGGGCAGGCAUCUGCCCUGGAGAGGCUGGCACUCUGCCCAGGACUAGCAGCCUCCCCAGUGGUGGACAAGAGUGUGCUGAGCUCGAAUGUCACCUGCCCUUCCUGGCUACAGCCCAAAGCCUGGCAGGAGUGUGGGCUGCUGGAGCUGUUGCCCCCCUUUGUAGGCUUGCGGGCUUCCCUGGUUGCUCACUCAGGUGCCUGGCAGGAGUACCUGAGAUUGCCCUUCACAGUGGUGGGUCGAACCCCAGUAAUUGGCACCACACCCCUGAGCUUACUUCAGAAACUAGUGCUGUGGCGGGUGCUACAACCGGAGCGGCUAGCUGGUGCCUUUGCUGACUUUACCACCUGCCUCCUGGGACGGCCCCUGGCUGAGGACAAGGAUCCAGCUAUCAACCCCUACAGGCUGAGCCGCCCCAACCGGCCUCUGAUUGUGCUGCUGCCCCCACCAGGCCAACCUACUGCCAACUCAUACCCUUUACCCUUCAUCUGGAAGCUGGCAUCCCAACAGGCACAGGAGCAUGAGUUUCAGUCAUCCCCCUUCUUCCUUCCCACUCUCAUCAGCUUGAAAAGCUCCUUCACAAGUGAGCUUCUCCCACCCAUCCUGCUCACCAGCUCAGAUGUCAACCUCAUGGAGAACUACAGCCAGCUCACUGCUCCACUGACACUCCCACAGGUGGUAUCUACCAUGUGGCUGACCCCUAGAAGCCACUCAAGGCUGUCUCUGUUGGGGCAAAAGCAUCUGCAGGUCAUUGGACUGGGUUCCUCUCUAUGGGACUCUGCUCAGGCUGUGACCACAGCUCUGACCGAAGCCAUGCGAAAGGGCCACUGGAUAGUGUUGGACAACUGCCAUCUGAUGUCUUCUUGGCCAUCCGAGCUCCUGGAAUCCUUGUUGGGGAUGUUAGAUGGGGCUCAGGUGACAUCAGAAGUUUUGCCACAGGUCUUGCACCAAUCCAUGUCCAGACAAAAUAUAAUUAUAAAUAAGAAAUUCCGGCUAUGGCUUAUUUGCUCAGCUAAUGCAACUGACUCCCUUCCAGUGGCGGUGGUACAGCACUCAGUUCCUAUAUUCUGGGAGCAGUCACUAGAACUGGGCCACAUCCUGAUAUGCAGCCUACAUGAAAGACAAGAUUCUGUGGAAAAUCCUCUAUCCUCAGUGUCCCUAACACUGUCUGUGCCAGUAAUGUUCCUGCACAGCCUUCUGCUGCACCGCCAACUCUAUGGGCCCUGGCUUCAGGCCAAGUGUGGCAAAUGGAAUCACAUGAUCCUGGAACAGACUUUGAAAACACAGGAAUGGAUAUGGAAGAGGUUCAGCAAUCGCUGGGUGGCCCUGAAAGAGCUGACUGGACCAAUUUUUUAUGGAGGACAUGUUGCUGAUCCCGAAGACCAGGCUGCCAUAUUCAGUCUUGUCCAGGUCUGCCUGGACCCCAACAAUGAACUGAGACCCUACAGUUUUACCCCGCAGAAUCUGCUGGCUGCCCUUAUGCCAUGCCAAGAUAUGUUGGAGUUAGAGGCAUCAUUAGAGGUAGAGGCCCAAGCGCACCUGAUACCUGCACUGUCUGAGCCUCGCAGUUUUGGAGUAACCGAAGGGCCCCAGGCUUGGCUAUUAAGGAAAAAGAGUCGGGCCCUCUUGGCUUCUCUGUACAAGGCUCAAGAUCCCUGGGGACCCUCAGGACUGCCUAGUGCCCGAACCCAGGCUCUUCUUCAGGUGGAGUAUCGACUAAAGUAUCGAGUGUCCCAGGCUAUCCGGAGGCUCAAAGCAUUGCAGGCCAUGCUGGCCUUGAGCUCACAUAGCCAGACCCUUGGUUGGACCUCCUCUAAAGGGCUGCAGACCCUGGAAGGCUUCUUGGAGGAGGAGGGCAUAGCAUUAAGUUUGCUAUUGCCAGAGCUACAUAGUGAUCUGUGUUGCCUGGAGAGCCAGCUGGCAGGGGGCCUUCCCUGCUCCUCCCCCCGAUGUGAAGAAGUGGCCACUGCUCUCUGGGCUGGCCGUCUCCCUCCACCCUGGCGGCGCCACAUGUCUGCUGGGCCCCAGCCACCCUGGCUCUGGCUACAACAACUGUGGCGCCAGGGCCAGUUGCUAACCAGAUACUUAAGUCUAUGUGGACAGCUUGGUAUGGGACAGUUUGACCAACAGAAUCGCUCAUUUCACCUAUCUGCCUUCCGUCACCCCAGAGGGUUAUUGCUGGCUAUUCGCUGGGAGGCCAGCCAGAACUGGGUGGGCCCCUACACCAUUUCAAAUUUAAGUUCAAGUGUGAGCCCUAGCCCUGGCCAUACACGUCCGACCUGUCCUGCCUCCGUCCCUGGUGCACGCCCUCACUUUCAGCUUAGCCCCAAGUAUAUCUCCCCCUCCCCUGCUCGUCACAGCCCCAGUAGCGGUCGUGAUGGUCCUAGCCCCCGAGGUGGCCCUCAAUCCGGCCUUGAUCCCAGUCCUGGUGGUGGCUCCAUACAAAGUCACAGCUUCUAUAGCCAACUUGGCCUUAGUCAUGGCUUUAGCAUUGGCACCAGCCCCAGGCUCAAUGCGGGCCAAAGCCCUAGCUCUGUUUUUAGCUUUGGCCCUAAUCUCAACACUGGCAUAACUCGACAAGGAAUUGAAGCAAUUCGCCUUCAGUUUCAGGUGGAAUGUGGACCAAUGCCCUUAGCUCCUGAGGGUGGCCUUCUAAUAACAGGACUGCUUCUCCAUCAUGCUGAAUGGGAUCCCAAGGACAGAGCCCUACAAGAUGGGAACUCUGGCAAGCCCAGCCCUCUGCCCCCUGUCAGCGUCAGUCCCCAUUUCAUCAAUGAAGAGCCACCAUUGCCCUCCUCUCCUCUGCCUCUCUAUCUCUGUCCUGUCUACCUGGGGGGAGUCCUGGGCUUCUCACGGCUGGACCGUGCCCACCUCUUGUUACACCUGCCGCUGCCUUCCAAACUGUCUCCUGCCACUUGUGCUCAGCGCAGGGUAUAUGUAAGUAGUCCACCCUUGAUGUGA